AUGUAUAUUACUAUCACAGCUCCUGUAAUGCAGUUCAUAUUUGACUGGCAGCAACACUACACAGGACCACCGAUACUUCAGCGUGUCUCUUCGCCCAUGCCAAAUCGUAUCUCAUGCCAUUGA